AUGGCUGAAGCAAUCGUGCAUGGAAGUUUCGCAAUAGAAGCUUUCGAUCCUGCCGUUACAAAUUGGAAGCGUUGGCUAAAACGUUUUGAGGGAGCCGUUACAGUGUUCAAGGUUCCGGAACCACAGAAAGUGGCGUACCUACUACAUUUCAUCGGAAGUAAAUCUUUCGAUAUAUUAUGCGACAAGUUAGCACCUCUCGACCCGUACACGCAGACGUACAACACAGUCGCAUCACAUUUGCAGGAUUUUUACGCCCCUGCACCGCUUGAAAUAGCGGAAAAUUAUCGAUUCCACCAAAGGAAGCAGUCCGACGGAGAGAGCAUACACCAGUACGUAGCAGCAUUACAUAAGAUGAGCAUAAAUUGUAAUUUUGGAGGAUACUUAAAAACGGCGUUGCGGAAUCAAUUUGUUUUCGGGCUUACAAGCCGGCGUACACAAGCAAGGUUAUUGGAGACAAAGGAUAUAACUUUCGACAAGGCAGUCGAAAUUGCCCUUUCAAUGGAAUUGACGGAGAAGGAUGUAAACCAAAUUCAGGCAGCGGGAAUAUCAUCCGUGGACUACGUGGGCCAGAAAGAAGCAGCAAUGGGGAAGAAGGACAAACGGUCACAACACAAGAAGCCAACAGUAAACAGACCAGCUGUUUUCCAGAAAGCAAAGCGUGCCAUACAGGACGUUCCAAAUUAUAAUAAUACAAGCGGUAUAAAUAGCGUUACAUGUUAUAGAUGCGGAGGUAAGCAUUUAGCUUCAAAAUGUACAUUGAAUAGAGAAAUCGUGUGUUCAAAUUGCAGCAUUAAAGGCCAUUUAGCAAAAGUAUGCAUGAGAAAGAAUAGAGCAAAGGCGCAUCAACUAAGCGACAUUUUAUGGAUGAGUACGGAACAUAUUAAGCAUAGAGAUAGGUAUUUUAUUUCCGUAGAUAUAAACGAGAAAAACGUGCGUUUCGAAAUAGACAGCGGAGCGGCGGUUACAAUUGUUAGUAAAUAUUUUCUUGAGCGUUGGUUUCCGGAUGCACAAAUAGAGAACACAGAUUUGAAAUUAUUUACAUUUUGCAAAACAACAAUUACGGUUGUAGGUUACGUAAAAGUACAAGUACGUUACAAAGGAAUUAUCAAGUCAUUAAAUAUGUACAUUACAGUCAUGGAUAGAGAACCACUCAUGGGACGGGAGUGGAUUCGUCAGUUAGGCGUACAAUUGACCGACACAGUAUUUACGUUAAAUUCAAAUACAGGAACGGAAUUACAUAAAAUUCUGCGCGAUUACAAAAACGAAUUGGAUCCUUCAAGCACAAAAAUCAAAGGAAUACAAGCGCGACUUAUCCUAAAAGAGAACGCGAAACCAAUUUUUCUUAAAGCAAGGAAAGUACCAUUCAAAAUAAUACCUUUAGUAGAUCGGGAGAUCGAUAGACUCGUUAAAGAAGGAGUUUUACAAGAAACGAGCGCGGCAGAAUGGGCGACGCCGGUCGUGCCAGUCUUAAAGAAAGACAAUUCGGUGAGGCUCUGCGGCGAUUUUAGCGUGACGGUAAACAAACAAUUACUAGUAAAUGAAUAUCCGUUACCUACAGUAGACGAACUUUUUAGUACUCUAUCGGGAGGCCAAAAAUUUUCAAAGAUAGAUUUGAAGCAGGCCUAUUUACAAAUGGAAAUUCAUCCCGCGGAUAGAGAGUUAUUAACCCUAAACACACACCGGGGAUUAUACAAAUGUACGCGUUUAUUAUACGGGAUCGCUUCGGCGCCGGCAAUCUGGCAGAAAGAAAUCGAAACUGUACUGAAGGGCAUUCCGGGCGUCUCUGUUUUCUUAGAUGAUAUCAAAAUUACAGGUCCGAACGACCAAGUGCAUCUGGAACGACUUAAGGAAGUACUUACACGUUUAGCGAAAUUAAAUAUACAAAUUAAUAAGGAGAAAAGCGAAUUUUUGAAAGAAGGGAUACAUUAUUGCGGUUAUUACAUUGAUAAAAACGGAAUUCAUAAAGAAAAAAGGAAAAUGGAAGCCAUUGAGAAAAUGCCUCGGCCGAAAAAUAUAACGGAAUUGCGUGCGUUUUUAGGAUUAAUUAAUUAUUACGGACGGUUCAUUCAAAACUUAAGUGGAAUACUUACGCCAUUACAUACGUUGUUACAAAAAGAGGGCGGCAAAGCUGUGAGUUUCAGAUGGACACAGGAGUGCGAAGCAGCUUUCUUAGCGGCGAAAAGAGAAUUUACGAGUAAUAAAGUUUUGGCGCAUUACAAUCCCAAACACCCAUUAAUCGUAGCAUGUGAUGCAAGCAUGUACGGAGUAGGAGCGGUCCUUUCGCAAAAGCACCCAGAUGGAUCAGAGCGGGUAAUCCAGUAUGCUUCGCAAUCGUUGUCUCGAACACAGCAGAAGUAUGCACAGAUCGAUAAAGAAGCGUAUGCAAUUAUUUUCGCGAUAAAAAAAUUCUAUCAGUAUUUAUACGGAAAUCGUUUUACACUUUACACAGACCACCGUCCACUUACACAAAUAUUAGCACCAAACAAAUCAUUGCCGGUACAUAGCGCGAUGCGCAUGCAACAUUACAAAAUUUUCUUACAAGCAUUCAAUUACAACAUCAAGUAUAAAAAUACGAAAUUACAUAGUAAUGCAGAUGGAUUGUCGCGGUUACCAAUUCAGUCAGAGGACGAUUUCGAAUACGACGUAGUAGAUGAAUACGAAAUUAAAUUAAUAGAAUCUUUUCCAGUCACAUUUACAGAAUUAGCAGCGGAAACGGAAAAAGAUACAGAAUUACAAAAGUUAUCGCGGGCGUUACAAUCAGGCAAAGAACUGAAGCCGAAAGAAAGAUUCAAUGUUCCACUUGCUGAAUUUAGUUGCCAACGUGGCGCGAUUUUACGAGACGGUAGAGUUUUGGUGCCGCGGAAAUUACGAAAGAAAAUUUUGCAAGAGUUGCAUGAGGAACACUUCGGCAUUAUAAAAAUGAAGGCAAUGGCUAGAAGAUAUUGUUGGUGGCCGGGUAUCGACAAUGAUUUAGAGAAUGUAGCUAGAAACUGCGAAAAUUGUAAUUUAAUUCGAAACGAUCCGCCGAAAACACAAACACUUACGUGGAAGCCAGCAGAGCGAGCGUUCCAAAGAGUACAUAUUGAUUACGCAGGCCCCUUUAUGGGACAUUACUGUUUUGUGUUAGUAGACGCGUUUUCAAAGUGGCCAGAGGUGCUCAUUACGAAAAAUAUUACAAGUAAUACAACGAUCAAAUGCUGUAGACAAAUUUUUUCAACGUUUGGCAUACCGGAGGUGGUAGUGUCAGACAACGGUCGACAUUUUGUAUCUAGUGAAUUCAAAAACUUUCUCAAAUGUAAUGGAGUGAUACACAAAACUACAGCACCAUUUCGCCCAGCGACAAAUGGGCGAGCGGAGAGAUUUGUCCAAACCUUCAAGCAGAUGUUAAGAAAAAAAUUCAAUAGUCUUUCGGCAAGUACAGAAGAUUUACAGAUAGCUUUGUACCAAAUUCUAUUACAUUACAGAAAUCUGCCUCAUGUGUCGUUGGGUGAAUCUCCAGCAGAGAAAAUGCUAAAGCGUAAUUUGCGGACUCGAUUAGAUUUAUUGUUGCCAACACAAAGUGAUACAAGCAAUAAUUGCGAGACUAAACCGUACGAUAAGAUUCGCGAAGUACAUAUCGGCGAACGAGUAGAAUGCCAGAAUUAUUACGGCAAACAAAAAUGGAUUUUCGGUAACGUGCAACAAAGACUCGGUCAUGCACAUUAUAUCAUUCGUUUAGAUAAUGGUAAAUGUUGGAAAAGACACAUUAAUCAAAUUCAGAAAAUAGGCGAGUGUCCAAUUAGAGAUACGUAUAAUAUGAGCGACGAUAUGUUCGACUACGAAACCCCAAAUGUAAAUCAAACACCUGUUAUUAAUUCGAAAAAUGUAAAUGUAGACAAGAAUGCGAGAAUGGUAAAAGAAACCCCAGCGCCAAUAAAGGUGGAUAAUACACCACGGAGAUCAGUGCGGGAAAAGAAAGUUCCAACGCGUUAUGGGGAAUCAAGUUCAUAA